AUGCUUCGGAGCUGCUCAUCACGACUGUGUCGAAUUUCACCUGUAAAACGUCCUCUGGCUCCGGUCACUGGAACUGUGUCAUGUAAACAAGGAAAACACAGAACAUCGUUGCACACGUUUCCGCCAUGCCGCGCCAAAGUACUGACAAUAGACAAUAUGAAUCCUCAUUUGAGGGCGAUGGAGUAUGCUGUACGUGGCCCAAUUGUCAUCCAGGCUGGCAAAAUAGAAGAGGAUUUGAAGGCGGGUGUAAAGAUGCCUUUUCCUGAUGUGAUAAGAGCCAAUAUUGGUGAUUGUCAUGCAACUGGACAACCACCCAUCACUUUCCUUAGACAGGUGGUAGCGUUGUGUACAGAUCCAGCUAUGUUGAUGAAUGAUCCACGCUAUCCAUCUGAUGCCAAGGAGCGUGCCCAGCGAGUCCUUGAUAGCUGUGGUGGUAGAAGUAUAGGUGCGUACAGUGAUAGCUCUGGUGUGCUGUCGGUGAGACAAGAUAUUGCUGACUACAUUCAGCAGAGAGACGGCCUUCCUGCGUUUUCUGAUGACAUAUUCCUGUGCACGGGUGCCAGUGAUGGUAUCAAAACGAUAAUGAAGAUGCUGAUGACUGGAGACGUUGGGCAUGGUCGGGCAGGCGUGAUGAUUCCUAUUCCUCAGUACCCUUUGUAUACUGCAACCAUAGCCGAGUACAAUGCCUACCCUAUUAAAUAUUACAUGAACGAGGAAAAGAAUUGGGGACUAGAUAUAAGUGAGCUGAAGAGAUCAGUUGAUGAGGCAAGACCAGAGUGUAAACCAAGAGCUAUUGUUAUUAUCAACCCCGGCAACCCCACAGGUUCAGUUUUAUCCAGACAAAAUAUAGAAGAUGUGAUAAAGUUUGCUAAGGAUGAAGGAUUGUUUAUUUUAGCUGAUGAGGUAUAUCAACACAAUGUAUAUGCAGAAGGAUCUUCCUUCCACUCAUUUAAAAAGGUGAUGACAGAGAUGGGAGGAGAUUACAAAAACAUGGAGCUGGCAUCAUUCAUGUCCGUCUCCAAGGGAUACAUGGGAGAGUGUGGAUUUAGAGGGGGUUAUUGUGAGGUCAUAAACCUUGACCCUGAGGUUAAAGUUCAACAAUUGAAAUCAAUUUCAGCAAAACUGUGUUCUUCUGUAUCUGGUCAGGCAGCCAUGGAUGUAGUGGUGAAUCCUCCACGGCCAGGGGAGCCAUCGUAUGACCUCUUUAUCAAGGAGAAAAACAAAGUUUUGAAUGAUCUGAAAGUGAAAGCUAAGAUGGUUACAGAAACAUUCAAUAGCAUGGAGAGAUUCUCCUGUAAUGAAGUUAAGGGAGCCAUGUAUGCAUUCCCACAAAUACAUAUGCCAGAGUCUGCUGUACAAGCUGCUAAGGCCCUGGGAAAGCCUGCUGAUGUCAUGUACUGUGAGAAUCUGCUACAAGAGACUGGUGUAUGUGUGGUUCCUGGGUCUGGAUUCGGACAAAGACCUGGCACAUAUCAUUUCAGGACCACUAUUCUUCCAACGGUGGAACAACUGGCGGAUAUGCUGGAACGAUUCAAAGUUUUCCAUGAAGGAUUUCUACAAAAGUUUAAGUAAAAUAUUUCCACAGAAGUAUAAGAAUUCAAGAGAUUGUAGUUUGUUAACAGAGAUAUCAAUUGAAGAAUUUUUUUUAUUUUAUGUGCUUGACACACAACAGAGCCAAAAUAUUUCAUAUUGUUAUAAAUCUGUUCAAAACUGCCAAAACUUCAGCUCAGAUUAUUCGUGUUAUCACAUGAUCACUUGUAUUUUUGUUAUCGUAAGGAUAUCCUAAUAAUCUUGUGUAUCUUAACAUGUUUGUAUUUAUAUUUUCUGUUUAAUAUCCAUCAACAUUAAGGACAUUCAGAAUUCGUCUUUUCCGUACUUACGUACAUAUUGUUCGGUGCGUACGUACAUAUUUCUAUCUGAUAGCCUUUUCUGUAUGUACUACUAUACACAUAUAUCUGUCUGUUUAUUCGGACAUAGGUCUGUCUGUUUAUUCGGACAUAUGUCUGUCUAUUUAUCCGGGUUAGAAUUUGUGACCUACGUUACUUCACUGAUACAAUUUCUCAAUCAUUAGAUUUUAGAACUUCUCCGAGGUGUAGCAAUAGACUUCCUGUGACCUGUUCCACUUUACUGACUUCUAAGAGGAUCACAUGUUUGUAUUUUUACAAUGAUUUCUAUGCUUUUUUGCAUUAUUAUUCUACGUCGAAUGAGGUAGUAUAUAUCCAAAACAGUGCUUCUUUAUUUUCACUGCCUACAAGAGUUUUAAAAGGUUUUGAUGGUUUGCAUCGAAAAAGAUACUUUAGUGACACAUCAUCUUUUACGACAAAUAUUUCGAAGCAGAGAUACUGAUUUCUUUAAAUAUUUUGACAUUUAGGAUAUAAACCACAGUCCUCACUUUGAAAAUAUGUUUACCCGUGUGUUCACUACAACUAUUACUGUAUUCGCUCUUUUAAAUGUUACCACACAGCGACGAAAAAAAAUCAUCGAUUAAUGUAUAGUUAUAAGUUACAUUUUUCAUUAUGCGCAAACAAAUCUUAACAUCACUUACAAAAGUAAUGAUCUAUUAUAGUCUUCGAUUUUAAAUUUUGUAAGAUGGGAACAAAACAAUCUGAGCCUUGCGGUCGUUUUUGUAUGCAGUAUCCCUAAAUGAUGUGUUAUGAACGGCGACUGAUAAGAGAAGACCUAUUUGCUAAUCAAAGGAUCAUAUCACAUGUAUAUGUAUUUGACGUUAGCACUAUUGCUAGUCAACAUGUUUUGGGAACACGUGAUUAUGUAACGGGUAUUAAACUUGUAGUUGUUACAUUCAAAUGUUGCCUAAUGGCUCUACCUUAUCUAACUCUCUAUUUGUGGUAAAAUUUGCUAUUCAGUUGUUUGUUUUUUUGUACAAUUCUCUUAAUCCAUGAAUCUAUAUGUACACAAUCUGUUUAGAUUAGUAAAAGUAGAUUUAUUGAAUUCUAUUUAGCCAGGAAAUCAGGUGUCAACGAAAUAUUUUUUUAAGAUCACAAAAUUGAGUCUCGCGACGAUAUACGAGUUUACAGUACAUACCAAUUAUUUGUGCAUGUUACCACAGAAAUAUGUUUUUUUUGUGUGUGAAGUUUUUCAGGUGUUUCAAAAUGUUAAUAGAAUAUGAAAAUGAUGUUGAUUUGAAUUUCUUAUGGUGUGCGUCUGCUCGAAGUUUCUUUACUUAAAGAUCUUAGUAUUGUUACUUUCAAUUGUAAUUAAUGCCUUGUCUUGCAGAUGGUACCAUCAACACAUAUAAAUAAUGUGAUGGUUUUCACGAGAAGUUUUGAUAUGAUCAUAAUGUGAAUCUAUUACACUUUGUGAAACCUGUAUGAGUGUGGGUGUGGGUAUUUCACGUGGUCGUUUUUUUUCAAAUUUUCUGUUCGAUUUUAUUAUUAUGAUAUAUUUUCUUUUACUUCAAAUUUUUUUCUCCUGUUUGAUUUACGAUUGCGCACUUUGCUGUUAUAGAUUUUGUAGGAGAGUUAUUUCUACGGGAAGUCAGAUCUACAUGACAGACAUUAGUUUUGCUUUAAUCAACAUUAUUAAACAGAGCUAUUUUGUUGGUACUCUAUGACCUUGUGAAAUAGAAGUGACAAUGUUAGGUAACACAUUGCUAUAAGUGUACAUGAUGACAAUAGAAGUGACAGUGUUAGGUAACACAUUGAUUUAAGUGUACAUGAUGGCCAUUAUAGAUAUAUAUGAUCUGUAAUUUACUGUCAAACUUGUGAAAUUGAAUUUAUGCUCUGAACUGAUAUUAUCAUUACAGGGCCUGUUAUCAGAAUAAAAUUUCCAGUCAAAUUAUCAAAGUAAAUUAUGGGAAAAAAGUUUCCAUGUGCAAUAUUUCAGUUUCUGUUUCGAAGUAAAAAAAAAUCGGUAUACGUUUUUGUUGAUCUGUUGAACUACUGAAUCUCUUUUAUGAUGACUAUGUAUUUAAGAUUUUCGAAAAUACACCUUAAUUGACAUUCUUGUUGUUGACACAGGUGUAAAUGUAUUUUUAUGAUAACGUAUUAUAUAUUGCGAGCAUGUUAGUCAGUCUAGUAAUCUAUUUUAGUUAUACAGCAUAGUUAGAUAUUAAUACCAAACCGAAGAGUGUUACCUUCUAUACGUUAUAUUUUUUGUGUACAGUUUUUUUUUAUUGUAGAUUUGAUUUUAUGAUACGGACUUUAAAAAACAGCAGCCUCCUGUAAACUAACUACUUUUCGCGGCCGCUAAUUUUUGCGAUGUCCACAUUGGAGGAGAUUUAUUUUACGACACCCUGUUAUAUUUUCGGAAACCGACUUUACUUUUCUGUACUUUUUAUCCAUUUCUUGGUUCAUGACGAUUAAUUUUCGCAAUUUUUGAUAAUAGUUUUCUAUGAGUCACAAUGUGGACCCUGGUGUAGCUGUGUAGCUAUGAAUCAGAACACGUCCUCUCUGCCAGCUGAGUAACACAAUUCAUAUUUUGUCUGUUGAGAAACAGGAAAGUAAUUUUCUGUUAGUUAGAAUAUGGAACAGAUCGGUCAUAUCUGCUACGAAUCAUGUUACGAUUUUAUCUGUCUGCUGAGGAACAGAACGCUUCGCAUUCUGUCCGCUGAGAAACAGAAUAGUGUACUUCAAAUUUGGUCUGCUAUGAAUCGCAACAGUUGGAUAUCUGCUAGCAGGAUUACAUUGUUUUAUGUCAGCAUUACAGCAUUCACUGUUUCUGUGAUAAACUUUUAGUGUUAGUUACCAUUAUUUUCAAUAUUACAGUUUUAUUUCAGUGUACUUAUAUUUAGAUAUUUCUUAAGGCAACUGAAAAAGGUGCACUGACCGAUAUUUAUAGAAGGAUAACUCAGACAUUUAUGACGUAAUAUGUUUGCCUUUGUUGUAUAGAUGCCACAUGUAAAACUUUUUUGUUGGAUUUGUUAAAUACUAUUUUACUAUGUUAGGCUAUAUAUAAACAUAUUACCUCAUUUGUUAAGAUGUGGAGCUUCUUUUACAUAUAUCAUGUGAAACACUUGCUUUAAGAUGAACUGUACAUUUGAGGUAAGAUAUAUUGUAAAAUUGCAAUGCCCACUUUGAAAUCAAUAAGAAGUAUGUUGUAAAUUUCACACUUUUUCAUGUUGUUGUUUCGUUAGGAUUGCAUUUUCUUGAUAAAAUGUUUAGUGUCAAACCCCCCAAAAAAUGUGUAAUUAGUCGAAAGUUAAAUAUUGGCUAUUUGAUUUCAGCUCUUGGAUAUUUUGUAAAUUAGGUAUUGAAGGUCUUUUUGAAAUGUGUAUCAUUUUUGUACUACAGCUUGAUGCAACUUGAUGAUAAAACCUAGAUUUGAUAUUUAUGGGGAGUCAUAUUGGCAACAAUACACAGACAAUGACAACCGCCAUUUAAGGUUGAUUAUCUGAAGAUUUUUUAAUGUCAAAAUAAAAUUGACGCUAGAAGGAUUAGGAUUUUGUCAUUCCGUUCUUCAACAGAUAAAAGAUAUUAUCAAAUAUGUUUGUUUCCAUAUCAAGAAGUAUAGUUUGUUGAUUAUUCUAUACAUGGUUUGUAGGUCUGUUUUGAGAGUGUCAGUGUUGGUUUCUCCAAAUUCUUACCUGAAGAAAUGAUUUAAGAUAAUACUUCUUGAAACGUUCCAUCUGAUCCACAUCAUUCACCAAGAUCUCAUCAUGAUGAUAGUGAUGGUUAACUUGACGCUUUUCCUGAUCUGGUGAUAUCAAGUUAAGUCCGAAUGGGCAUUGAAGUAUACGGAAUUGAGAAAACAAUCUGUUUGUAAUGGUUUAAAGACAAUUAUGUCUGUUAUUCAGAAUGUUAAACUCAUUUGUAUAAAAGAACCAAUUUUGCUUAUUUGGUGUAAAAGUUGUAGAAACAAUUGGGAUACGUCAUAAAAUCCAGAUAAUGCAUUUAAAAUGUUUUGAAUGAUUGUUUUUUAGAAACAUUUUUAGGAGCAUGACAGAUAAAGUGUUUUAUUUUGAAAAUCACAAAGUGCGUGAA